GCAUUUCAGAAUGGGUUCUUUAUUUCGCAGUGAGGAGAUGUGCCUCGUGCAGCUGUUCUUUCAAACGGAAUCGGCCCACAAUUGCAUCAAUGAACUCGGUCAUCUUGGCUUGGUUCAGUUUAAAGAUCUGAAUCCUGGUGUAACAGCAUUUCAGAGGCACUUUGUGAAGGAAGUGAAGAAAUGUGAAGAAAUGGAGAGAAUUCUGAGAUAUCUUGAGAAGGAGAUGGUGAAAUCUAACAUCGUAAUUUCUGCAACAAAGGAGAAGGAGAUGGUUCCCUGCCCCAGAGAUGUUCUGGAGCUGGAGUCCACAUUUGAGAAGUUGGAGCAGGAACUGCGAGAAAUCAACUGUAACCAUGACACACUCAGACAGAACCUCAUUGAGCUGAUGGACAUCGACUCUCUGCUGAGGAUGACUGAAGACUUCUUUGAGGAGGCCGAGUUACUGCUAUGCUCUGAGCCUCCUUCUGAAGACUCAGUGUCCAUGACUGUCUCGUCCUUCAUAACCUGCCGCAGAUACAGCAGUUCCAGCACCUCCGGACCUCUAAAUCUAGGUUUUGUUGCAGGUGUGAUCAAACAAGACAGGUUUCCUGCUUUUGAAAAGGUUCUUUGGCGCCUUUUUCAUGGAAAUUUCGUCCUUCGGCACGCAGAGAUACAGACCACAGAGGAACUCCAAGUGGUGAGAGCAGCUGUGAAGAAGGACGUGUUCAUCAUAUUUGUCCAGGGAGAACAUGUGCGAGAAAAGAUCAGAAAAGUGUGUGAAGGGUUUCAUGCCAGCUUGUACUCAUGCCCCAAAACUUUGUAUGAGCGCAAGAAGAUGAGCAACAACGUAAAGUCACGAAUGGAAGAUCUUCGAAUGAUCCUGAGAAGAACUGAAGAAUAUCGCGGUGGUGUCUUGACCAGAGCAGCCGACCACGUCCAGGAGUGGGGCAGUAAAGUGAAGAAGAUGAAGGCCAUCUACUACACACUGAAUCUCUGCAACAUAGACAUCACGCAGAAGCUGAUCGUAGCAGAGAUCUGGUGUCCCGUGUCAGAUCUCACUUUAGUUCAAAACGCCCUGAUUAUGGGAUCAGAGCAGAGUGGUUCCAGUGUGACCCCAGUCCUGAACCGCAUCCAAACCCAGCAAACUCCACCAACCUUCAACAGAACCAACACAUUUACUGAAGGAUUCCAGGCCAUUAUUGAUGCCUAUGGAGUCGGUACCUAUCAGGAGAUCAAUCCAGCUCCAUACACUAUUGUAACCUUCCCCUUCCUGUUUGCGGUGAUGUUUGGAGAUUGCGGUCAUGGACUGGUGAUGACACUGCUCGCAGUCUGGCUCAUUACACAGGCCGAAUGUUUACGAAAGAUGAAAAAUGAGAUUACAGAUGUCCUGGUCGGUGGACGCUACAUUAUCUUGCUCAUGGGAAUGUUCUCUAUAUAUACUGGACUGAUUUACAAUGACUGCUUCUCCAAGUCCUUCAACAUUUUUGGCUCUUCCUGGCGUGUGCGACCCAUGUUCUCUCCUCACGGGCCUUGGCAAAACAAAACACUGCAUGAUAAUCAUCAUCUUCAGCUGAACCCAACUGUGCCCGGAGUUUAUUCUGGUCGCCCGUACGUGUUUGGAAUUGACCCGGUCAGUGCAUAUAAAAUCUUGUUUGUUCAACAUUACGGGAAAUUCCAGGACAUUUUACUUCAGUUUGUUCCUCAGCUGAUCUUCAUGCUCUCUCUCUUUGGAUACCUGAUCUUCCUCGUCCUCUACAAAUGGUGCAUCACCCUGCGCUCUGAAAUGGCUCCCAGCAUCCUGCUACUCUUCAUCAACAUGAUGAUGUUUGAUUACCAGCCGGAACACAAGUUUCUGUACAGAGGACAGAAAGCUGUUCAGAUCUUCUUGGUUGUGACGGCUGUGCUCAUGGUUCCUGUGCUGCUCUUGGCCAAACCCCUCCUCAUCUACAGGACCCGAAUGAAAGCCAGACACCAGGUGAGCAUAGGUGACGUGUUUGUGAACCAGGCCAUCCACACGAUCGAGUACUGCCUGGGCUGCAUCUCCAACACGGCCUCGUACCUUCGGCUCUGGGCGCUCAGUCUGGCUCACGCAGAGCUGUCGGAGGUGCUUUGGCGGAUGGUUCUCCAGGCGGGGCUGAAGCUCUCCUCUGGUGUGGGUUCACUCAUGCUGGUUCUGCAGUUUGCUGCUUUUGCUGUUCUCACCGUGACUGUUCUUCUGAUUAUGGAGGGCCUGUCUGCUUUUCUGCAUGCUUUACGACUGCAUUGGGUUGAAUUUCAGAACAAGUUUUACGAGGGAUCCGGCUACAAGUUCACACCCUUGUCCUUUGAUAGCCUGUAAAAACAUUAAUAGUCACUAUUUGUACUAUUCUUGUAGUUUUUAAGCGCCAUUAUAGUUUUGUGAAUGUAAAAAAUGCAUAUUUUAAACCAGGGGACUUCAACAGGGGUCUCCCAAUUAUUACGUUUUGUGAACAAAAUGAAAAUAUGCUAUAAACAAAAAUACUGUAUUAAGCUCAACUUAACUUUGAACUAAACAUUGAUGUAGAAGUAGGCGUUGAUCUUUCAUCGCACUACGACGUAAUAAUGUGACAUUAAUGUAAUGUAAAGUCGA